UGAGCCCAGACUCUUGCUCAAGGCUUUAAGCCUCAAAAUUAGAGCAUCAGACCCUUACUCGUCUUCAACCUCAGUAUCGAAACCUGUACUGAGUUAGAGCGUCUCUUUCAGCCUAAAAAACAAACACAAUGUUGAAGUUCCUGUCGAGAGUGAGGAUCGAGUUUAAUGCCUUGGACCCGCGUACGGCGUCGUGUCUGGAGUUCUUGGCACAGUGCAACGCCCGCAAGGCCAAGGAGUCCAACCCCUCCUGCGCCGUCCAAGUCAAGCGCCGAACCGACGACGAGCCGCCCAAGAUCACCGUCACCUUCGUCAACGGCGUCGAGGAGGUCUUCGACGCCACCGCCACUCCCGCCCAGGACAUCAGGAACAUGAUCCUUGAAAAGGGUCAGAGCCUCGAGACCGAGCAGAUGUUCCGCGACGCCGGCGAGCCCUGGCCCGUCAUCAUCCCCGCAGAGGAGCUCCACCAACCCGCCCCUGGUACCAAGCCGAGGAAAGCAGAAGAGAAAAAUCAGUAACCUGCUGUCGUUUGAUCAAACAUAUUACUGGGGAGCGCUGCUUAUAUAUUCAUUCAGGUCUAUUAGACUUCCAUUCGGUGUUUCAUUUGGGAAAAAAGAGAAUUCUUGUAUUGGAGUUGCAAUUUAGACAACUCUGUCUUCUUGUGUUUUUGCUUCACUGUAGAAGCUUUUGAUAUGAAUGAUUAGUUGAUGUUGAAUACUCGGAGUAUGAAUUGUGGUG